AAGAUUUUAAUAAGUCGUUAUCGCUGGGAUUACUAGCAUACAUAAUAGUAUUUGUAAUGUCAAAUUGUCUUAAUUUGUUUAUUGUUUCAUCAGGACCAGAAGCACGGGAACUAGUAAGAUGUUGUUUUUAUCAAUUUAAUUUGUCAAAUGAGUUUAUAUUCAAUUAUGCCAUACCUGCCCAAUUUUUAUCUACACAGGCACAAAUAACAGAAGAUAUUGCUUUUGACACGAAGUGGUACAACACUGCUGAUAAAGACAAAAGGAAUUUUGUUUUGAUGCUCAGUUCAGUAGCUAAAAAAGAAGUAGCCCUAAAUGCUGGAAAAAUUGUGACCAUAAAUUACGAAUUUACUUUAAAGAUGUAUCGAACCAUAUAUUCGUACUACAUGUUUUUGAGGACAAUGGGAAGGAAUCAUUAAAAAUUACAGAUAUACGAUCAGGAUGGCUAUGGUUAUUGGACUUUGAUAAAUCCGAAAUAGUUUGGACUUGUUAUUUAUAGUGCUUUUUAGAUAAUAGUAUAAAAAUAAGUAAUGUUGUUUUAGGUAUACUUCACGUACAGGCCUGGAUCCCGCGUACCUACUAAAAAAAGUCGAUUAAUAGCAAGCUGAAAAUUUGUUACCCGUUAAUAGCUAAACGGUGUCUAGUCGGACAAAUUUUGAUGUACGGGAACACUUGAAAAGGGGAAGUUUUAAUUGUGGAACGUCAUUUUUAUUGUUGACUUGUCAUCCUGACAAGUUUAUGAUUGUGAAAACUAGGAGGUUGUUUUUAAAUUUAUUCAAUAACAAACUUUAUGUCAUAUAUGAAAAAAUGUUUGCCCGACAAAUAUGUUGGGCAUUUUAAUAAGUCAGACACGUAGAAGAUGUCAAAUGCCAGGUAUUAUAUUAUUGGUAAAUAGCAGUCUGAUUUUUGCAUGAAAGUUUAAUGAAAGGGUAACAAAUUAAUUGGAAGUUCUUUCCGACAAAAUACAUGGGACGUUUUCGUUGUCUGAUAUUCGAAACCCGUAACCUGUUCCACAAUUAAAUUUUCCGCUGUUCCAGUGUUGCCAUGCAUCCAAGUUUGUCCGACUAGACACCAUUAAGCUAUUAACAAAAUAGCUUGCUAUUAAUAACCUUUUUUGGUGCGCAGGA